ACUAACUUCCUUUUUACUGUGGCCGCCAUACCGUCAGGAGCGUGGUUCCCGGCGAGCCGAAAAAUCAUUUACGAAAAUGGCCUGUGCCGACCCCUGAUCUCGGUUUAUUCCGAGAAAGGAGAAUCCUCAGGCAAAAAUGUUGUAAUGCCUGCUGUGUUCAAGGCUCCAAUUCGCCCUGAUGAUGUGAAUUUUGUGCACACCAACAUGCGCAAGAACAGCCGCCAGCCUUACGCAGUUAGUGAACUGGCAGGCCACCAGACCAGUGCAGAGUCCUGGGGUACAGGAAGAGCUGUGGCCCGUAUCCCUCGUGUGAGAGGUGGUGGUACUCACCGCUCUGGCCAGGGUGCGUUUGGAAAUAUGUGUCGUGGAGGACGCAUGUUUGCCCCCACUAAAACCUGGCGCCGCUGGCACCGCAGGAUCAACACAACCCAGAAGCGCUAUGCCAUCUGUUCUGCCCUUGCUGCUUCUGCCAUUCCUGCACUUGUCAUGUCCAAAGGACACCGCAUUGAGGAAAUUCCUGAGGUCCCACUGGUGGUUGAUGAUAAAGUUGAAGGCUACAAGAAGACAAAGGAGGCCGUGCUCCUGCUGAAGAAGCUUAAGGCCUGGAAUGACAUUAAGAAGGUCUACGCCUCUCAGCGCAUGCGUGCUGGUAAAGGUAAGAUGAGGAACCGUCGCAGAAUCCAACGCAGAGGGCCGUGCAUCAUCUACAACCAAGAUGCUGGCGUCACCAAAGCCUUCAGAAAUAUCCCAGGUGGGUUGUUGUGUUAAAAUAUAGAAUUACUG